AUGAACGCUCACGGAGACCUUGGGCCAAAGCGAAAGCGCAGCGCUGGUGCCGCUGAGCAGCGUCCCUUCAAACACCUCAAGCCUGAGGGCUCGGCUCUGACCCCUGGAGACUCAACGCCUGCCAAUGGAACCGUCUACGACGUGGCGGAUGGAGACGAAGGUGACGAUGACUCAACACGGAUGGUGCCCCUCGGUAACCCCCAGGCCGAUUCGCCUGAGUGGCAGGCAAUGAUUGAGAGCGUCGUGAAGAGCGUGGUGUCCAUUCACUUCUGCCAGACAUGUUCUUUCGAUACAGAGCUCUCCAUGAGCAGUCAAGCAACGGGUUUUGUCGUCGAUGCUGAACGAGGCUACAUCCUUACCAAUCGACAUGUUGUUGGUGCUGGCCCGUUCUGGGGUUACUGCAUUUUCGACAAUCAUGAGGAGUGCGAUGUCAAGCCCGUCUAUCGAGACCCUGUCCACGAUUUCGGUAUCCUCCAGUUUGAUCCCAAAGCCAUUCGCUAUCUGAAGCUCACGGAACUGAAGCUUCGGCCCGACGGAGCUCGUGUGGGUGUCGAGGUUCGCGUUGUGGGUAACGAUGCCGGUGAAAAGCUCAGUAUCUUGUCCGGCGUCAUCAGUCGUCUGGAUCGCAACGCUCCUGAAUAUGGCGAAGGAUACAGCGAUUUCAACACAAACUAUAUCCAGGCUGCGGCUGCGGCCAGUGGCGGUAGCUCAGGCAGUCCGGUCGUGAAUAUUGAUGGACAUGCGGUGGCCCUGCAGGCGGGCGGACGUGCUGAUGGCGCCGCAACGGAUUACUUCUUGCCAUUGGAUCGCCCACUACGUGCUCUCGAGUGCAUUCGCCAGGGACUGCCCGUCACCCGUGGCACGAUUCAAACUCAGUGGAUCCUCCGACCAUUCGACGAAUGUCGUCGUUUAGGCUUAACCCCUGAGUGGGAAGCCGCCGUGCGCAAGGCGUCUCCGAACGAAACCAACAUGCUGGCAGCUGAGAUCAUCCUUCCUGAGGGACCGGCUGAUGGAAAGUUGCAAGAGGGAGAUGUACUGCUGAAGGUGAACGGUGAGUUGCUCACGCAAUUUGUUCGCCUAGACGAUAUUCUAGACUCGAGCGUGGGCACUACCGUCCGUCUGCUGGUUCAGCGAGGAGGUCAGGAUCUUGAGGUAGAAUGCGAGGUUGGGGAUCUCCACGCGAUCACGCCCGAUCGGUUCGUGACAGUUGCUGGUGGGACUUUCCACAACUUGUCAUACCAACAAUCUCGACUAUAUGCAAUUGCCACUCGCGGUGUCUAUGUCUGCGAAGCAGCUGGCUCCUUCAAGCUGGAGAACACCUUGUCUGGGUGGAUCAUCGAUUCGGUGGACAAGCGGCCAACACGGGAUCUGGAUGAAUUUGUAGAAGUAAUGAGGUCUAUUCCCGAUCGCUCUCGUGUGGCGAUUUCAUAUCGUCACAUUCGUGACCUCCAUACCAGGGGAACGUGUAUCAUUCACGUGGACCGUCAUUGGCACCCAAAGAUGCGUUUGGCGGUCCGUAAUGAUAAGACUGGCAUUUGGGACUUCUCAGACCUAGCCGAUCCGAUCCCAGCAGACAAGCCUGUUCCCCGCAAGGCAGACUUUAUCCAGCUGGACGGUGUAAGCCAACCCGCAGCGGCUGCGAUUGUGCGGAGUUUCGUGCGAGUUUCUUGCACUAUGCCUUUGAAAUUGGAUGGGUAUCCUCAGGCUAGGAAGACUGGAUACGGUCUGGUCAUCGACGCCGAGAAGGGUCUCGUCGUGGUUUCAAGAGCAGUCGUGCCCUAUGAUCUCUGCGACAUCAUCAUCACUGUUGCCGAUUCCGUUAUCCUGAGCGCCAAGGUCGUGUUCCUGCAUCCGUUACAAAACUACGCCAUCAUUCAAUAUGAUCCGAGUCUGGUGCAUGCACCGGUCCAGAGUGCCCGUUUCAGCACAGAGUAUAUCAAGCAGGGACAGGAUACGAUCUUUGUCGGGUUCAACCAAAAUUUCAGAAUCGUCGUUGCCAAGACCGCCGUCACUGACAUCACAACCGUCUCUAUCCCAGCCAAUGCUUCAGCUCCGCGAUAUCGCGCCAUCAAUUUGGAUGCUGUGACGAUCGACACUGGGUUGAGUGCACAGUGUACGAAUGGUGUCUUGAUCGGCGAGGAUGGUGUCGUCCAGGCUCUGUGGCUGAAUUACCUCGGUGAGCGGACACCGAACUCUCACAAAGACGUGGAGUAUCACCUUGGUAUCGCCACUCCUGCUUUACUUCCUGUGACAUCCAAGGUCCAACAGGGCAUCACUCCCAAGCUGCGCAUUUUGAACAUGGAAAGCUAUGUGGUGCUAAUGAGUCAGGCGCGCAUCAUGGGCGUCUCCGAUGAGUGGAUCCAGAAGGUUGCAGAGGCGAAUCCUUCUCGGCAUCAACUUUUCAUGGUCCGUAAGGUGGACUGCCCUCCAGCAACGUUCACGUCGGAUGUCGACAGCUUCGAGGAAGCCGAUAUCAUCCUCACUCUGGAUGACCAGCUCAUCACCCGGGUCUCUGAGCUCGAUAUGAUGUAUGAGAAGGAAGUCCUGGAGGCUCUGGUCGUUCGUAACGGUCAAGAAAAGCGCAUUCGUGUUCACACCGUGCCGACGGAAGAUCUUGAGACGGAUCGAGCUGUUGUGUUCUGCGGAGCGGUCCUGCAGAAACCUCACCACGCCGUUCGCCAGCAAAUUACGAAGCUCCACAGCGAGAUUUACGUUAGCGCCAGGAGCCGUGGUUCCCCAGCCUAUCACUAUGGACUGGCUCCCACCAACUUCAUCACUGCGGUCAAUGGCGUCUCGACGCCAAAUCUCGACGCCUUUGUCGAGGAAGUGCGCAAGAUCCCCGACAACACUUACUUCCGCCUGCGUGCUGUCACAUUCGACAACGUGCCAUGGGUCGUAACCAUGAAAAAGAACGAUCACUAUUUCCCUAUGUCUGAAUAUGUUAAAGAUCCGUCUGCUGAGGCCGGGUGGCGCACCAUCUCCCAUGACAAGGGAAAGGGUGUCCUUGGUGCCGCCUCUGAUGCCGCCAAUCUGAACCCGGAUGCCAUGGACGAGGGCGGCGAGGCUGGUGGUAGCGAUGUCGAGCCUGAAAUGGAGUAG